ACCUGACCAACCGGCGAGUCCUGUCGCGAGCCCGAACGGCUUUGAGAACGCGCGUGCGCGCCCAGGUUUCCUCGCUGGUGCUGCUUCUUAUUGCUUGGGCCGUGCGAGCGACCGAGUUCGGUUCCUCCCGGGGCGGGAGCAAGGUGCGGCGGCACAAGGAGCGGUGUUGGCGGGUAAAGGGUGAAGCUCAAGAUGGCACACUUUUUAAUAAAGUUAACUAAUAAAGCAAGUAUGGACAAUUAAGGAUUAUUUUUUCUUGUGUUACGGGAGAAUGACAAUGGAACAGAUGAAGUACUCUAGGACAUGUUUGUGAACAGCCAAGAUAGUUUUUUAAAUUGUUGAUUACAUUUUAGAUUUUUAAGAAGCAUCAUUUGAAAACAGAGUUUCUCUGUCUGGAUCUAUUCUGGGUACAGGUGAUUUAUCAUUAAAGCACCAACGUGAAAAUAAAUUUUCUCUUCAAAAAUAAAACAUGAAAUGAAGCUAGACUUGAAGGAUUUAGUGCAUUGUAUACAAGAGCACAAAUAAGACUAGUCCUCCAACAUGUCCCCCACUCCCCCUUGAAAGAAAAGGAUUUACAGCUCAACCGUGUACCAGCUGUUACCCGGAUUUAGCAGUCAGCAGAGAAAUAAACAAAAUUAAACAAACUGCCAGACAUACAGCCCCAAUUUCUGAUGAAACCAGGGAAGAGUGCUCUUGCUUUAGGAGAAGACAACUUUGGUGGGGUUGAAGAAACAAAUGUGCGUAAGGCUGGCAGGUUUGUAAGCAGAAUAACCUUUCCCUGAGGAACACCCAGAAUGCACUGUUUUAUACUAAGAGCAGAUUAAAAAGGAGAAACUUUACCUCAGAGUCUGCCUUGGAAAUUACUGUGGACUUUCUGAAAAUAAAACAUUAAACAACACCAAAACCUAGGGGAGACCUUGUUUCUUAUUGAUCAUCAUCCCUGGAGUGCUCAUCCUGCCCUCUUGCACUAAAAUUUUGAGUUCAGCUACUGCAGUGCUACAUCUCUCAACUAUUUGUGCCACCUUCAGAAGAGGACCAUCUUGAACACUACUUGAAGGAUUGUAUUUUUUUUCUAAAGCCUCCAAAGAAUCUGCAUAAUUUCAGCUAACUCUUCUCAGUUGCUACAAUUGUAAUUGGAAUACAAGCUUCUAUUUUAUAUUUUUCAAUUUUUGCCCCUGAAGAGCCUUGGGAAUAGAUAUCCAAUUCCCCUGACUGUCAUUUUGACAUUUGUUUCAGUUGUGAAUACAAACCUGAUUCAUUAUUCAUACUAAUCAUACUAUAAAUCAGCUGUCUUUUAACAGCUAAAAACUGGACAGUUGCUUAAACCUCUCUCCUUCUAUAGUUGCUUCCUUUUUGAAGGUCCCUCUCCCCAUUUUCUUGUCCAUUCUGACUCCAAUUGGGCCUGGGCUAUGCUGCAGGGCGGAUCAUCCACCAGAGCUCCAACAUGCCAGCAGCAUCUGGAAAGAGAUUCAAACCCAGCAAAUAUGUCCCAGUAUCAGCUGCAGCCAUCUUCCUAGUAGGAGCCACCACUCUCUUCUUUGCUUUUACAUGCCCAGGGCUCAGCUUUGAUAUCUCCCCAGUCAUACCCAUUUACAAUGCUGUGGUUUUCCUCUUUGUGCUGGCCAACUUCAGCAUGGCCACCUUCAUGGAUCCAGGCAUAUUUCCACGAGCUGAAGAAGAUGAGGACAAGGAGGAUGACUUCCGAGCUCCACUGUACAAGACUGUGGAGAUAAAGGGCAUUCAGGUGCGCAUGAAAUGGUGUGCAACAUGCAGAUUCUAUCGGCCCCCACGGUGCUCCCACUGUAGCGUCUGCGACAACUGUGUGGAGGAGUUUGAUCAUCACUGUCCCUGGGUGAACAACUGCAUAGGGCGGCGCAAUUACCGCUACUUCUUCCUGUUUCUACUCUCACUUACAGUACAUAUCAUGGGUGUAUUUGGUUUUGGCUUGCUGUAUGUCCUGUAUAAAGUGGAAGAACUCUCUGGGAUCCGCAUGGCUGUCACCAUGGCUGUCAUGUGUGUGGCUGGUUUGUUUUUCAUUCCUGUAGCUGGCCUUACAGGAUUCCAUGUUGUACUGGUAGCUAGGGGUCGAACUACCAAUGAACAGGUUACAGGUAAAUUCCGGGGUGGGGUAAAUCCAUUCACCAAUGGUUGCUGUAAGAAUGUCAGUCGUGUCCUCUGCAGCUCCCCUGCCCCCAGGUAUCUUGGGCGGCCAAAGGCAGAACAGACUGUAUUAGUGAGGCCACCAUUCCUACGGCCAGAAAUAUCAGAUGGACAGAUUGCUGUAAAGAUAAUGGACAAUGGAAUCCAGGCUGAGUUGAAGAGAUCAAAGUCCAAAGGAAGCCUUGAAGUGACGGAGAGCCAGUCUGCUGAUGCUGAGCCACCACCCCCACCCAAGCCAGACCUCAGCCGCUACACAGGUCUGAGGACGCAUUUAACUCUGACCACCAAUGAGGACAGCAGUUUGCUAGGCAAGGACAGUCCUCCAACUCCAACCAUGUACAAGUACCGACCUGGCUAUAGCAGCAGCAGCACUUCAGCUGCAAUGCCUCACUCCACCAGCGCCAAGCUAAACCGAGGAGACAGCCUGAAAGAGCCAACAUCCAUUGCUGAGAGCAGCCGAAAUCCUAGUUACCGCUCUGAGCCAAGCCUGGAGCCAGAGAGUUUUCGUUCUCCCACUUUUGGCAAGAGUUUCCAUUUUGAUCCACUUUCAAGUGGCUCCCGCUCCUCCAGCCUCAAGUCUGCCCAAGGCACAGGCUUUGAAUUGGGCCACCUUCAGUCCAUCCGCUCGGAGGGCACCACAUCCACAUCUUACAAGAGCCUGGUCAAUCAGACACGCAAUGGGAGUUUGUCAUAUGAUAGCCUUCUCACACCUUCUGAUAGCCCUGACUUUGAGUCAGUGCAGGCAGGUCCAGAGCCAGAUCCCCCAAUGGGUUACACUUCUCCUUUCCUUUCAGCUCGUAUUGCCCAACAGCGGGAGGCUGACUUGCACAGUCGUUUCCCAACCUCUGGCUCUCCCAAGCACCAGCCACUCCGUGAUUCUUCACCCGUCCGCUAUGACAAUCUUUCACGCCACAUUGUGGCCUCCAUGCAGGAACGGGAGAAGUUGCUUCAGCAGUCACCCACACCACCACCCCUAGCCAAAGAGGAAGAUACAGGACUGGGGGACUCAGGCAUCCAAUCCACACCAGGCUCCAGCAAUGCCCCACGUACCAGCUCCUCCUCGGACGAUUCAAAGCGCUCACCCCUGGGCAAGAACCCGCUCACCCGCCCAGUGGCACCUCGCUUUGGCAAACCGGAGCCACCACAUGCACUCAGAGUGCGUUCACUGGGCUCACCAGACCAGCCUGCAGCCUCUCACUUGGGCAAAUCUGUGUCUUACAGCAGCCAAAAACAGUCACCCCAAGCCAUCGUCCCAGAGAUUGAGGAGGUGGCCUUGCAGCCUUUGCUGGCACCAAAAGACGAGGUGCAGAUGAGACCCUCCUACAGCAAGUCCAAUGGACAGCCCAAGAGCCUGGGCUCCACCUCGCCCACUCCUGGCCAGCCACCUCUCAGCAGCCCCACUCGUGGAGGAGUCAAGAAGGUCUCUGGAGUGGGUGGGACUACGUAUGAGAUUUCUGUAUGAGGAGGUGUCUCCCCACUGUCAACUCCUCCCUGGCUGAUUCCAAAAUAUCCUGUUCCUGAUGAGCAGGAAUAAGGAACUUGCUCAGCAGAUGGUUGCCCAUCACAUGCAUGGACCUUUUCUUUUUUUACAAAUCUGAUUUUUGGAGGGUGGGAGAGAGCAGAGGGGACAGUGACCUUUUUAAAUGAAACAAACUGGGAUUGAAAGAGUCCCUAAACACUACAGCAGGAUCCAGCCUUGCUCACCUCCACAGCCUGCCCUCUUCCUCUCAACAACCAAGACUGCAAUUUGUAGCACACACUGCCGAGAGAGAAGAGGAGGGGCUUGCUAUCAGCACCCCUCUGUGGGAGAAGGUGCAGGCUGAAGCCUGCCCCGCUACCAACAGGACAGUCAAUUGUGGACCUCGUGCAAUCGCUCGCCUAGUGCAGUAGGAGUGGAUCAUUUUUAAUUUUUUUUAUUAUUGUUACGGAUUCUAUUUUUCCUCUUCUGAGUUACUGGGUGUGUGUAUAUAUAAAUAUCUAUAAAUAUAUAAAUAUAAGUAUAAAAAGAAAUUAUAUAUCUACCCAUAUUGAGGGAGGGAGCCCCAGGCAGACUCCACUAGCCAGGCCUGAGGAAACCAUGUGUUAAGUUAAGUUCAGGGGCAUUUAAGUUCAGGAGAGUGUGGAGGAUCAUCAGCCACUCGGUUUAUUUUGAAUGGGUUGGGCAGGCCAAAAGAAAUGCUGCCACCCCCACCCUCACCCAGGGCAGGUAGGACUGAGGAGAUGCCAGCACUGCAUUUGACCUGGCCUGGUCAUCCCAAGACCUGUGGCCAGACAUGAGUUUGGCUUGUACUGAGUUCUGGAUUGUUCAUUCCAGAAAAGAGCAUACAAAGCCCCUGUCUUCUGCAAUCCUACUCACUUGGGCUAUAGUGUGCUGGAAGGCUUUCCAUCUGAGCAUAUCCUUUCUUGGCGGAUAUAGUUUCAGAAAACUGUUAGCACUUUUCAGCUUCUGGACAGACAUUACCUUCUCAAGAAGAUGACUCCCAGCAAAAGCAUGCCUCCCCCUGCAAAUCAGGCAGAUGAGUGCACACAAGUACACUCAGUUGUAUACCUUUAUGGCCUGAAAAGGUAUGUGGGGUUCUGAGCAGCAGGAGGGGGGUGGCAGCAGCAUUGGGGCUAGGUCCCUUAUGUGGAAAUACUGUAUUUAGUCAACCUUUCCCCCAGGUGGUUUCCCCUGCUUUUUUACAUUGCUUUUAUGAAUUGCUCCUUAUUGAUUUAUUGUGGUGUCACAGUUCUUUCUUCACAAACUGGGCAAGAGAAAGAAGAGGAAAAAAACAAACCAAAAAGCAAUAUUUUUCCAUAUGCCAAAAAUGUCUAUCCAUGCCUAUGAAAGUAAAAAUCAGAGCAACCCGGGAAUCCAACAAUCUCUAGUCGCUACUGACUCUUUCUCUAUGGCAAUAUCUUAACUGUGGUCUCCACUGAGCCACACUUUUAUUUUUAUUAUGACUAGCCAUUUUAAAAUGAGGAAUAAAAAAUAUAAUGAGCCACUCCCUC